CUCGGAAAUGGAUGGAUGGCAAAAAACGGAAGUGUUCUCAGGCAGUGACUGUUUCCUGCACUCAGUCGCGUACGGUGGCCAGGAAGUGCAAAACAAUAGAACAAAUUGCCAAAGAGCGACACAAGCUCCCAAGCCUCGGUAUCAUUUGCCCAUCGCGACUUUUGUGGGAAAGGUCAUGGGGUGAAAAGGGGCUGCCUUUUCCAGCACAGCAAAAUCAGAUGAAUUCUACUCCACUCGUCCCGGCCGACGUUAUCGCGCGACGCCCGGCGUUGUGACGGAAGUCUCUCGCGUGAAAUUGCGCCAAGCCCUUCCAACAACGACAACGGAUAUUCGUCGCGGCUACCCGAAAUUCAGUUUUGUCUCGUCAAAACGAUUCUUGAUGUCCGUAACUCCGUUCGACCUGUCGGCAAUUUUCGGAUAUGCUCACUUGGGCCGUUCGCGGUCUUUCCAGAUAUCCGCUAUGUGAAUUACAGAUACCAGAUGGUGUAUUAAAGGGUUUCAAAAUAGGAUUAGGGUGAGGCUUUGAAGACGGGGUGAGGGUUUCAAAUGAGGGCUUCAGGUCUCAAGCAAGAAAGAAGGUUUGAAAAUUGGGGUUUGAAAAGAAGAUGUAAUGACAACGACCAGGGGUCUGCUUUCAAAGAAGAGUUUGAAGUCUUGGUUCAGCUUUCACACGGUUUCAAGCCUGGGUUCGGGUUUGCAUGUUUGGAUUUCCAUUGAGGCUUUGAAUCCACGUUUACGGUUUGAAAUGAGGAUUUCAAGACAGGGUCAGGGUCAGGGUUCAAAGUAGCGUCGGGAGGCGGGUCAGGGCGUGUCGUGAGCGUUCGCGGGUGACCUUGAAGGAGCGCAGGGUCUGCACGGGGAUGGGCUCCUGACCUCCAGGCUCCUGUAGACGAAGUCCAAACACACAAAAGACAACAAGUGCGAAACAUUGUUUUAGUCCAACGAGUGUGUGCGUGUGUGUUCAAAAUAGAGAUGGUAUGUGGCGGCCAUGGAAUGUUCCACUGGAGGUCAAAAAGCAGGUUCGUGUUACCAGGAAGACAAUGUCGUUCAUUUUGGUGUGUUUCACUUGGAGACGAUCGUUGCUUUUUACCACCAGCAUGAAACGGUUAUGAAAAGAUGAAGGUGCAGGUUCUCAACGUGAAAGUCUGUGAAGGGGUGAAGAAGACACACUGAGAACUCUCACCCUCAAAUUGUUUAUGUGCGUUUGGCAGCUGUUUGAAAGCAGAGGGAGGAGUUUGCGCCGCUCGGCUAAUUUUAACUUUUAACGACUUGACUCCUGCUGGAGAUCCGCGGAGGAAAACGAGCACACGCUUUCUGCUCCUCACAGAAGCGCUACUGCGUGCAUGCGUGCCGUCCUUUGUUGACGGCGGCUGGCACGAUUUGGAGCUUGUGAGGACGUCCGUCAGAACAAAAUGGUGGUUGGACUUGAACAAUUUCAGUCCCAUCGAAUAUGGCGGCUGCACUAAUGUAGCGCUACAGUGGGCCUACCUGCGAGAUGAGGUGUCGAGAUCAUGACCACUGCAGGUCCUGCUACAACAGGCGCUGCCGGGCGCGGGCGGAGGAGGGCGUGUGCUGCGCCCUGGUGGCGUGCGGCCUGCACUGCGGGGCGCUUUUCCACUUGUGCAAGGAGGAGGGGCACCUGCUGCUGUGCCCCUGCGCCCGCGUGCCCUGCCUCAAUGCCGCCUACGGCUGCUCCGCCUGGCUGCCGCGCGCCCAGCUUGCCGCCCACUUGCGGGCGUGCCCUGCCAGCGUGGUGGUCUGCUGCGUGGAGUGGAACCGUUGGCCCGCCAACGACGCCCACUCGUACCCGAGCCCCGACCUGCACCGCAACCUGAUGAGGGAACGCCGGGAGGGGGGGUCUCGGGACCUAGACCUUGCCCUGGCGCUGAAGGACCAGGAACGCCUGUUCCGCUCACUGAAGAUGCGUAAGCUUUUCCCAGAACUGACCCGGUGCGCUGGAGAAGAGGAAGAGGAGGAGAGGAAGAGGAAGAGGAAGGAAGAGGAAAAGAAGAAGGACGCCUUGGGGAAGGAGGCGGCCCGAAAGACCUGGGUGUCUUUUAGCCCUUUUCAACUUAAUGUCGCUCCUGAGAAGGACGAAGAAGAAGAAGAAGAAGAGGAGCUGAGUGAGCAGGAGCGUGAGGCUCUGGCCAGGAAGCCUCUGGAGGUGAGUGAAGCUCAGCUGGAGAGCUUCAGCGCCUGGGAGAGCAUGUUCAGCACGGCCAUGGGCGGCUGCAGGGAGGCGGGCGGGAUCACGGAGGGGGCGGACACCCCCGGGGUCGCCCCCCCGUCGCGCCCCCUCGCCGAGAAGAAGGCCUUCCACUACGUCCACGUGGAACCCAUGAAGAUCGUGGACGUGAGGACCUUCAAGGUUCCUAGCAGCUUUAUGGCCAAGCAGAGUCGCAUCCGCAACCCGGGAUUCUAUAAGAGGGAUAGCAAGGCCGUGGACACCGCAGACCUACAGGUGGCACCGCAGGAUGUGCCUGUCUGGGAGGAGGUUCAGGCGUCGCUGCUGUGCUCACUGGAGAAGGAGCAGCGGGGUCACCUGAUCACAGAGCAGCUUUGCACCGACGGCCUCCUGCAGGACGAGGGCACGCAGACUUUCCAAUUCCUAACGGCGCCCUUCGCCAGCACCGCAUCCCUGGCGGACCUGACGGCCGGCCGGGAGCUGCGGCUGCACCUGCAGCUGCAGCUGGAGAGCGUCAGCAGUCGCCACCACAAAGCCAGCUCUGCCUUCACCGCGGUGUGCGGGCACGCCGUGCACAGGCGCGAAUACGCCGCACAUUACAAGAACGUGCACAGUGACAUCCAGAUGAGCGUCAACGGAUGGUUCCAGCACAGAUGUCCGCUGGCGUACUUGGGUUGCACCUUCAGCCAGCCCAGGUUCACGCCGUCCACACACCAGGCCGACGUGGUCCUCACGGAGGAUCCGGGCUGCUUCCAACUGCGUCCUGUCGUCCCGGCCGCCGAAAGUCGCACCUCCUCCCGCCGCGCUCUGAGCUCGCUGCCGUACGAGCUCCUGCGUCACGUGGCGGCGUUCCUGGACAGUGUGUCCUUGUCCCAGCUGGCUCUGGCAUCUCGCCUCAUGAGGCAGGUUUGCGCCACGUUGCUGCCCACACGAGGGAUGGUGUCGCUGCGCUGGGAGAGGACAGCCCAACCUGGAGGGGGGGUCCGAUGGAGUGCUGAGCACAAGGUGUGGCACUUCGGCAGCAGCUUCUCGGCCGUGGACACGUGGAAAUUCCGUGACGUUCCAUCCAUGUCGGAGCACCUGAAGUUGUGUCCGUUCUACGAGCGAGAGAGCAGAAGCGAACGCUUUCUGCUGCCAGACGCAAAGUGUCAACGUCAUCGUGUAAUGGACUGUAAUACGAUCGCCAAUAACUCAUAGUACAUACUAUAAUCAAUAAUAAAGUCCUCUAUUGUGUCAUCAUAACAAUCAUCAAAUAUACGCAGACGCACGUGAC